GUCACCGCGAUACAACAACUUCCACGCGGCACCAUGUCGUCGUCAUCGAUUGGGAACACGGCCAUCAAGCGCAUCCGAGCGGAUGUGCGUGAGAUGAUGACGGAUCCCAGUGAUCAGUACUUUGCCGCGCCAUUGGAGGACAACAUGUUUGACUGGCACUUCACGAUUCGCGGUCCGCGGGACACGGAGUUUGCCGGCGGUGUGUACCAUGGGCGUAUUCUCCUGCCAUCGGACUACCCGUUCAAGCCUCCCAACAUCAUCCUACUUACGCCGAACGGUCGGUUUGAGGUAAAGAAGAAGAUCUGCUUGAGCAUAUCUGCGUAUCAUCCCGAGCAUUGGCAGCCAGCAUGGGGCGUUCGGUUGAUCCUCGAAGCCUUGAUCAGUUUCAUGCCCACGAAAGGCGAAGGCGCGAUUGGAGCGUUGGAUUUUACCCCCGACGAGCGCAAAGCCCUAGCGUUGGAGUCGGUCCGAUGGACAUGUCCGCAAUGCGGCGACAUCAACGCCCUCAUCCCGGAAGAACGUGAGACGGAGACUGCGACAGAGUCCAAAUACGCAUCUCAGAUCGCCCAACUGCACAUUCACAACAUGGAGACCCCCGACGUCCAACCAGACCACGACGCGGAUGCUUCUUCGGAACCAACUGCCGCCCCAGCUCCAGCCGAUUCGAAUCCCCCUUCCGCCAUCCCGUCAUUGGCCCCGCCUCCAUUGGCCGAAGUUCCCGCCGACACGAAUGAUCUCCCUGUCCCAGUACCACCCCUCCAUCAACCAGCGCCGGCCCCCGUCGUCCAUCGACCCCCGACUCCUCCCACGGCGGUGGCGCGACGUCAACCCGAUUUUGUCGACAGUGUCCUCCAAGGCAUCUCCACAGCCCUCCUCUUGGCCCUUAUCGCCCUCGUCUACAAGAAGCUGCUUCAUCUCAACGGCAACAUGAUUGCCGAUUAGUAUUGUAGAUGAUUCGAUACGAAUUUCCAACCUCGUCGAAUAAUCGAAUCACGAAUCGACGCGAUUGGCUAAUCUAUUUUGAGCGGAUUUGAUUGGCUCUUACAGAAAGAACAAGACUAU